CAAAAUUGAAAAACUUUUAAAACAGUUGCUUCCAAUGUCGCAGCACUCAGUAUUGUUCGGAACGUUGAUGAAAUGCGUGCUUUGUGUGUUCUAAGUCUGAUCGCUGGCUUGGGUAUAGCCUUGAUUUCUACAGAUCCCUUAAACGAAUCAAGCAACCCAAAAGAGAUAAAGCCGAUCAAUAGAACGGAAAUAGAUGAAAUUAUUAAGAACUGGCAGUUGCUCGAAAAGCUAGCCAACGAAACAUUGUAUUCACCAGAUCCAACUAGUCGGGAUCCAACCACAUUGGAAACACAGGAGCCAACUGAAGAGGAUACGAAGAAUCCCACUGGCGAGGAAACUCAAGAACCCACAGGGGAGGAGAACGAAGAACCACAUGUUAUACACGGAGCAGAUGGAGAGUUCUAUGUUGUGGAGGAGGAGGAAGAGGAGGAUGGGGCAACUCUGGAUAAGCCCACUGAAGCCCAACCAGUUAACUUCCUCAAAUACCCCAAGCAUGCACCCGAUUUCAAGGCCUAUCCGAGGUUCGCGAUCCUCAGAAAUAGUUAUGUGCACCACAUGAACCUCGAUUUUUAGAGAACCUAACAAAAUAAAUGAUAAUGACGUGUU